UGACAGCUAAAAAUUUAUAGCGAUUACAGAGUAAACUAAAGCGAAAAUAAAAUGCUCGCUCGUGCAUUAUCUCAAAGUUUUCCGGGAAAUUCGCUUUUCCAACAAUUUGCAUGCAAAAAUCUAUUGCAAAACGUAACCGUGCUGAACAUCAAAUGCACUCGUGAUUCUUCCUUCCGCUCUUCCGAGCCAGUGGGUGACUUGAACCAGUAUCAGAAUGCCGAAGUCGUAAAGAACCCACCAGAAUGGAAAUACAUAGAGCGUCUAAUAUCGCCCCGUGUCAUCCCGAAACCAUUGUCGAAGGCAACAUACCCCUCGGGCUGGAAGCCACCAAAACCUGAUGUCGAUCUUAAAUACUUCGUUCCUCGAACCAAAAACUACAUGCUACCGGUUUAUUUGAGGCGCACAUUUCGCGGACAGCGCAUCGUAACUGCUUUGAGAAGAGUUGACGGUGAUAUCUGGCAACUGGAAGCUGAAUUGAGGUACUUGAUUGAGAAGAAACUCCAAAAACAGAUCGUGACCCGAGUGAACGAAAUGAAUGGCCUUAUCGAGUUCAAAGGUGACUAUGUUACGAUUAUUAAAGAUUAUUUACAUGACAAAGGAUUAUAGGAAAUUGUUCGAUUUUAUCUUUUCAAAUGAAUACAUUGAAAAAUUAAA